GAUUGGGUUAGUUUUUUGAAUUCAAAGUUGUCCGUAGACCCGAAGAAACUCAAUAAAGUGCGGAUUGAAUUGAAUGAAGUCGGUCAGGAGGGGUCAAUGGACAAGGUCGCAAUUCCUAUAUACACCAACCUAAACCAGUGAAUCGCUCAACAAUCAAUCAAACUAAUCGCACACAGAUCAAUAUCUGACGGUCACAAUUACCACUAACACAACACAAAACUCAUUUUUCCCUCACAACCAGAUCGCUUCCACGCCGUGCGAGACUCGCGAUCCUCCCUCACCCUCCAUAUUCCGCCGCCGCUGACACCUCUCCUCCCCCGUCCCCAUCACCAACCAAAAUCGCAGAUCUGAAAAGAUUCAAGGGCGUGUGUGUGGAUUACCUUACCUCAGCUCAACGCCAGAACCACAAACGCCAUUUAUAGUUGUGGAUUGAAGAGAUGAAUUGGGUUCAGCGCAAAAUUCACCUUUACAAUGUCACUUUUGGUCUUUAUAUGUUGGAUUGGUGGGAGCGUUGUACUUUCAAUGUUGUGGUCAUUGUACUAAUGUGGUUCGUGUUGCGAUACAUUACCCAAUUCUUCAAGAGGUAUGUUUGGGAAGCAAAAUUAUUCUGACUGGAAGAUGGCAAUGUUGAUCGCCGCAUAGGGAUUUAAAAUUAUUUGCAGUUGGAGAAUUCGUUAUGUGGCUGCCAGAAAAAUUGCGCUUUUCUUACACCUUUGAUACACCAUCAUGAAUCUCAUUUGAGCAUUUGUUUGUUUAUAAGCUUGUAUGGGAUGCCAAUUGGAAUGUUUUGCAUUGUAAUAUUUUAUUGGGAAUGUUAGCUACUACGUUCUGACUUCUGAGCACUUCAAAGUGAGUACCUCUCCAGAACACUAUCAAAGGUUUAAUUUAAAAGGUGAUUUUGACAAAAGAA